AUGAAUGAAGCCGAUACGGCGGGAGGGCAACGGGGUUGUAACCAAGUCCUUCCUGCUGGAACAGAUGCGAAAGUACUCAAGGUCUUAAACACUGGCCAGUUGAGUACUGGCUCUCGCGCUGGCGUCUCACCAAUGUCGCGUUCCCUACACGAGAAUAAACAGAAUCUAGAACACCAGCAACAACAACAGCAAGCACUGACAGGCCCUCGGCAGCAAGAGCAGCAAAAGCUUCAGCAAAUGCAGCCCGCCGGAACGCCGACGUCAUCGUCACUGUCCGUUGCAUCUAGUAAAAGUUUUCCACAACAGCAACACCACCAGCAGCAGCAGCAGCCGCCAAGUCAGUCCACAUCACAUCCACCAUCUUCGCUGGGCAUUAGCAGUGGUAACAGUAACAGUGUUACAAGCCAUGUAAAUACCGUGACGAAUGUGUGUAUUGUUCAGCAACAGCCAACCCAGGGUAUCGGUUUUAGAGCCUCCUUGACGGCGAGCUGCAGUGACGCUAAAAAUGCCGUCGUCGGCGGUACCGCGAGUGAUGGACGAACAGAAAGUUUUCAGAGUAUUUGUGGAAGCGGUAACAGCAAUAGUGAUGCUGCUGGCAUCGAUGGAAUCACAGAUGAUAGUGAAGUGCUUACGGCAGUUGACACCAGUGCAGGAAUAAGUGAACUACCAGCAGGAAGUACGUUCCACGCUAGUGCCGACGGUGGCUGUGGUUCCGUCGCAAACUUGUACAUAAAAACUGACACCAUCUCCCUACCGUCCGUUGGAGUCACUGCCGGUGGUCUAGAGACGGUAGAAGCUGCUGCUGCUGCUGCUGUUGCUGGUAGUGGAAUUUCCCCGAACGCGAGCCGCAAACGUAUCAAACUUGAAGCGGGGGCUGACGUUGAACAUGACAUCAGUGCGCUCAAGAAGCUUAUCCUCGAACAAAAGUAUAUGCGACUAAGGAGUAUCAAGGAGAGAUACUCUGAACAUGUAGCAGAGCUUUUUUUUCUUCAAACUGGCGGAAGUAUGAUGGAGUAUCCUGUAUGGAGAAAGAAACCUGCUACACCGGCGUUUACUAACUUUAUACGCACGUAUAAGUUGGAACCUUUGUCCAGCAAUCUGGAAGAGGCCGGCGAAGCGUUGAAACAGCAGUCAACACGAGCAAUAGCGUCCCCCGUCGGUAGUGGUGUAAGUGUGUCGAGUAGCAUCAGCCUUGCGAGUGGUCAUGGCAACAAUAGCAGCAGUACUUUGUCGGGAAGUUUACCACAGGGAGCGGAAAUAAAAAUACCCGGAGUCGGUGUUACUCCGGUGGCAGUGUCCACCACGCUACCUGCGGCCGUUGCACAGCUCAGUCAACAAGGACACAUACCCGGUAGACCGCAGGGUGGUCGUCAUGGGAUGGUAUUUGGGCAAAUAACUGUGUCGUCCGCGUUAGGAAACUCUUCACAGCCUCUGGUGCCAGGCGGUACCCCUAUUAUCCCUGACCCGAUAGGAAUUGGUGCCAUCGGAACGACAGGUACGACGCUUGAAAGGAAAAAGUACGCCUUGUCGUCGACCGCAGGUGGAGCUACAAUUGGCGAACAAGAAACGGUUGGCAGUGCGUCUCCACGUACUUUGCACGCCUCAAACGGCUCACUCAUAGGAAACACUCGCUCGGGGGCUGUUGGCGUUUCCAGCACGAUUGGCAACGAUCGCGGUACCAGUGGCACUAGUUGUGCCCGAGUCCAAGGGCUGCUACUGAAUAGUGUUCAGCGGCAGAAUGGGACAAUGGGUUAUGGGAACGGUGGUAGUUCAGCUGGCUCCGGAAGUUCUGGUGGCAAUAGCAAUGGUUCCGAUCAGUAUACCAACAAAGCAAAGCAGGAAGUGUACGUUAUGCAACGAGUGCAGGAACUGCAGAAGGAGGGCCUGUGGACGGAGAGACGGUUGCCAAAAGUUCAAGAACCACCGCGACCGAAAGCCCACUGGGACUACCUGCUGGAGGAAAUGGUUUGGUUGGCGGCCGAUUUCGCGCAGGAGCGGAAGUGGAAGAAAGCCGCGGCUAAAAAGUGUGCCCGAAUGGUGCAGAAGCACUUCCAAGAUAAGGCACUGGCAGCGCAGCGUGCGGAGAAGGCACAGGAGCUUCAGCUGAAGCGGAUAGCGGCAUUUGUGGCGAAAGAGAUUAAAAUGUUCUGGUCCAACGUUGAGAAGCUGGUCGAGUACAAACAGCAGACGAAGCUUGAUGAGAAGCGGAAGAAAGCGCUCGAUCAGCAGCUGAGCUUCAUUGUCGAUCAAACAGAGAAAUAUUCGCAGCAACUGGUCGAAGGGAUGAAUAAGACGGUUCUUCCCUCGGCGAUAACUGCACCACCGACCGCUGCGAGUAGUAAGGCAGAAAGCUUGAAUUCCUCCCGCAUAUCGUCGCCUCUGCCCGGACGGGCGGCGCCAGCCGUUGGGUCCGAUGACGAGUUCUGUCCGGAGGCGGAAAGCUCCGAUGAUGAUGAGGAGACGAUAGCAAAAGCUGAAGCCGAAGCGGAAGAAGGAACCAAAGAUGAAGUUGCCGCUCUACAGAAGGAAUCGGAGAUGGAUUUGGAUGAUUUCUUGCGCGACCUUCCGAAGGGUUAUUUGGAGAACCGCGAUAAAAUAGUGUUGUCCGAGCGGAAAGAUUCUUCCGAAGCAGAGGAAGGGCAGCACAGCAGGGAAGCGGACGACGACGCAGACAAGGACUUCAGCGCCGAUGAGGACAGCACGGACGAUGAACAGACGAUACGGGAGCAGGAGAAGAAGGAAAAGCACGAGGACCAUAAACGGGAAAUCGACGAGUUGAAUGCCGACAACGAGAUGAGCAUCGACGAAUUGAUAGCGAAGUACAAAAAUCGCCCUCCACCAGAGCAAGCCAUGGAUGUCGAUUCCGAUGACGACGAGGAGCCCGAUCGGCAGGGUAACGAAGUGAACGAUCGUACGCGAAGGAGGCAAUCACGGAAACGAACCCCAUCGGAUUCGAUGUCUACGGAGGAAGAGGACGACGAAGAGGAAGACGAUGAGGAGGAACUUGGUAGUGGCAGUGAAGAAGGGCUAACUGGGUCGGAUGACGACGAAGAGGAGACCGAAGAGGACGAAACGGAUGUGGAAGACGAUCAAGCGGCGAUCAAGGGAGACCGGGAGGAUUCCAUCGGUUUGAAGAACCUAUUGGACGACGGAACGACCACUACCAAAAGUCAGAGUGAGAAGGAUGACAUGCUGAACGAUGCGGCAGCGAUCGCUGAGAGCAUUCAGCCCAAGGGCAACACGCUAUCGUCGACGAGUGUGGUGACACCGAUUCCGUUUUUGUUGAAACAUUCAUUACGAGAGUAUCAGCACAUUGGCCUUGACUGGCUGGUGACGAUGCAUGAUCGGAAGCUGAACGGUAUUUUGGCAGACGAAAUGGGUCUGGGGAAGACAAUCCAAACGAUUUCGCUGUUGGCCCACUUGGCGUGCGUUAAGGGCAACUGGGGACCGCAUUUGAUCAUCGUACCCUCGUCGGUGAUGCUAAACUGGGAGAUGGAGUUCAAGAAGUGGUGUCCAGGAUUUAAAAUACUCACCUACUACGGCACACCGAAGGAGCGCAAGCUGAAACGCACCGGCUGGACGAAAGUGAACGCGUUCCACGUGUGCAUCACGUCCUAUAAGCUCGUGAUUCAGGACCAUCAGAGUUUCCGGCGGAAGAAAUGGAAGUACCUCAUACUGGACGAAGCGCAAAACAUCAAAAACUUCAAAUCUCAGCGCUGGCAGCUGUUAUUGAACUUCCAGACGGAACAGCGAUUGCUGCUGACCGGAACACCUCUGCAGAACAAUCUUAUGGAGCUAUGGUCACUGAUGCACUUCCUGAUGCCGCACGUCUUUCAGUCGCACCGCGAGUUCAAGGAGUGGUUUUCGAACCCGAUGACGGGCAUGAUUGAAGGCAACUCUGAGUACAAUGACACGAUCAUUAAGCGCCUUCACAAGGUGCUACGGCCGUUCUUACUUCGUCGACUGAAAUCCGAGGUUGAGAAGCAGAUGCCCAAGAAGUAUGAACACGUGGUAAUGUGCAGGCUUUCGAAGCGCCAACGAUUCCUCUACGACGACUUUAUGAGUCGGGCAAAGACAAGGGAAACGCUCGCUUCCGGAAACUUGCUUAGCGUUAUCAACGUGUUGAUGCAACUGCGCAAGGUUUGCAAUCAUCCCAACAUGUUUGAGGAACGUCCUACGAUAUCACCCUUCCGGAUGGAGGGUAUUAGCUUCAAAACGGCCUCGCUUGUGUACAAUAUGCUCAACUACGAUCCGUUCACUCAAAUUGAUCUGUCUUCCGUAAAUUUAGUUUUAAUACAACUGGAACUCUUGCUGUCCGCUUACGUAGCACAUCGCUCUCAGCGGCUUUGUAUGCCCCGGCGUCUGAUCGAAGAGAUCGACUCCACACCCAUGCCUCCGCCUCGGUGUCCGACCGGAAAACUGCGGCUACACGUUCGCAUACCGCACCAAUGGGUGCAGGAAUCAAUCAGUGGCGGUCCGCGAAGUACGGGCGUACGAGUCGGCACUAGCCCGGCCAUGAAGACUGAUGGGACGAUACUCGUUCCGCUUGUAAAUGCAUCAUCGGCGUUAGAUAAAAAAUCGUCCCUGCUCGCCACCGGCUUUGAUGAAGCGCGAUGGAGACGUUCCUCAACGGUACUGGGGACGGCGGCAGUUGCGGACUCUAGCGCCGGAAACAAUAAUAGCAGGAGUGUUUCGCCCAGCGUUAUCUUGCGAAAGCGUUGUGAUAUUGGUAGCAGUAGUGUGUUGUCCCCGAAUGCCGCAUCUCAGCAGCACCAGACUAAACUGAGCAGCGGGCAGGUUUUACACUUCAUUCCUCAGGCGUCCUCGACCGGCGCUUCCACGUCUUCUCCUGCCUCCUACAUCAUAACCGGGCGUGUGCCGGUUGGGACAGCUGGCGUCAGCAACCGACAGUUCGGCACGGUACAGCGUACCUUCACACCAACGGCUGCGGGUUUGGUGCAACGCCUGGUGACAAAUCACCAGUCGUCGCUGGCGCCAUCGCCAGCGCCAGGAACAGCAUCCCGCCUAGUGCAAAACGUUGGCCAACAGACACAGAUUUCGUCAACGCUCGCGGCGACAAUCAUGCAGCAGUUGAAGCACCAUUCGUAUUCCUCGAAAUCUUUUCCCGCACCCAGCAUUAGCGGUGGUGUGAUGAGCGCCGCCGACAGUAAUGGUGGGGACGAGUCCGAAGAACAGCGGAGGGCUCGCGAACGAACAGAAUUCUAUCUGGCGCGCAUCGAAGCAUCGCGAAAAGAGCGACGAAGCCAAAUACUGGAACUGCUCGGUGGAAUCAACACGAAGCGAUGCGAUGCGGUACCGAUCUAUGGAGAGGAUUUGCGAGAAUCGCUCUGUGCGCUGUUUGCCGAAGAGUUUCACACCCGGCCAGAGCUGAUACCUUUCGGAGUGGCAGGAGCGUACUACAUCCGCAAGGCGAUGGUGUUGCGAACUUCUGUCAAUGCGACGCAGCCCAACGACCCUGCCGUCUCGCAAUGGACUUUGUCGGCCACUAUCAAGACGAUCGAACAACGAGCCCAAGGGCUACGCUCCACUAUCUCAAACUUCGUCAUUUUCGUACCUGCCGUGUGCGCGCCUGCACCCUGUUUACUCGUUUCUCAUCCUCAUCCGUCUCGGUUGAACGGCGAAAAGCAGUGGGAAGCUGCAAUAUCGGAGAAAAUUCAACCCGCCAUGGAACUGCUGCAUCCAAUCAUAUCGGCCAUGAGUACGCAGUUCCCUGAUCCACGCUUGAUUCAAUACGACUGUGGCAAGCUGCAAACCAUGGCUCGGUUGCUGAAAAAGUUAAAAUCAGAAAACCAUCGCGUCCUCAUAUUCACCCAGAUGACCCGGAUGCUAGAUGUGCUGGAGGCGUUCCUGAACUUCCACGGUCACAUUUAUUUGCGGCUAGACGGUACGACCAAGGUUGAGCAGCGGCAAGUGCUGAUGGAGCGCUUCAAUAACGACAAGCGCAUGUUUGCGUUCAUUCUGUCCACCCGUUCCGGUGGCGUCGGUAUCAAUCUGACCGGUGCCGAUACUGUGAUAUUCUAUGAUUCUGACUGGAACCCCACCAUGGAUGCUCAAGCGCAGGAUCGCUGCCAUCGAAUUGGCCAAACACGGGACGUGCACAUUUAUCGCCUCGUGAGCGAAAAGACGAUCGAAGAAAACAUCCUCAAAAAGGCAAACCAGAAGCGCAUCCUUGGCGAUUUGGCCAUCGAAGGCGGGAACUUUACGACGGCGUACUUCAAGAGCUCGACUACCGUGACGGACCUUUUCGCGGUCGAUACCGCCGAAAAUGAUGCGUCGACCCGGUUGGCCGAGGUGCUGGAUCGCGAUCGUGAACGCAAAGAGCGCUUGAAUGCGAACUCUUCGGUGACGGCUGCUGCUGCUGCUGGCUCGUCAUCCGCGACAGCCGUGGGUACGCCCGAAGCUGUGGACAACAGCAAGUCAGCAAUUAAUGUUUUCGAGUGUGCGCUGGCCGCAGCCGAAGACGACCAAGACGUGCAGGCGGCCAAGUUUGCCAAGGCGGAAGCCUCCGCCGAUUUGGAUGAGUUUGAUGAGAACAUUCCAAUCGAUGAGGAGAAAAUGGUUGUGGGUGGCGAGGGCGUCAAAGAGCCGGAGUUGAGUAAAGCUGAAAAAGAGGUGCAGAAUCUUAUCAAACAGCUAAGUCCAAUCGAGCGAUACGCAAUGCGAUUCGUUGAGGACACGGAAGGUACCUGGACUGCGGUGCAGUUGAAAGCGAUGGAACAGGAGUUUGAGCAGAAGAAGCGUGACUGGGAAGCAAAUCAGUUGGCGGAGCAGAGGCGCAACGAAGAGGCCGCACGGCAGCGCGAAGCCGAGGAGCAUGCCGACCUGCUGACCUUCUCCCGCGAGGAUGCCAAAAAUCAGAUAUGGAUAUCGGAUAGUACGAUGGAGAAAAUGCCGAUGUGGUGUCCACCGACGCCUCCGCAAGAUGAUAACGAUCUGUAUGUGGACUAUUCGCUUUCGUUCCUGUACGAUACGACUAACCUUAUACCGGAAACCGAGCUUCCGACGGUUUACGUGAAGAAGGCGGAUAAGCGUAGCCGUUCGGAGGCCGGCUUCUACCCGGAUGGGCGUCGCCCGGCAAAGGUUCGUCGCGAGGACACUUACUACGCGCCCCGCUCCCUGUUCGACCGGCCCACGGCACAGAUUGCGAAGAUCCGCAAGGAGUACAAGCUGCAGCGCUACAAAGGCAUCAUCAACCCGUUCCCACCGAUGCCGGCGCAAAAACCUACCACGGUGCCGAUGAAAACCAAAACCGAAUCGGAGGGUGUCCCCGAAUGGAUGGUGUACGAGGAUAUGGCCAUACUGAACGUGGUGCAAAACUUGCAAGGAUUGCCGCUAAAUUUGAUGCUUAUCUCUCCGGGCCAUACGGCAAACUGGGAUUUGGUUUCGGACAUUGUGAACCAAACGUCGCGAACGUACCGCCUGCCGAAGCAAUGCCGGAAUCGCUACGAGAAUAUCAUUCUGCCGCGGGAAGAGGGCAAACUGAUCGAGAGCCCUAAAAAGCCCAAGAAGAACAAAAACCCGCUCAAGCAACCGUCGUCGGGGUCGUCGCCGCCACACCCAUCGUCCCCACCGAAGCAGAUCCGUUCGAUGCGCACGGCCCUGCUCUAUACGAGCGAUGCAAACACCUCCUUCAUCAAGUUGAUGCGUCAGAAGUUCGAUAACAUUCGGGCGGCGUACGGGAAACGGACACUGCAGGUGAAGCAUCCGCUCUCGAGCGGCAUGCCCACGUCGUCGAUGAAGAACCUCAAACACGCUCAAGUGCUGGCGAAGCACGGCGUGUCUGACUACGAUACGCCUCUGACGCCGGGAGAGAUUGCUAAGAAUCGCGCGGAACGUUUUUCGAAGGAGAAACUGAAGCAAACUGCCGCUCAGGAGCAAGGCGCCCAGCAGCAGCAACAGGCACAGCCGCAACCGGCGACAGUACAAGGUACGACGCAAAAGAUUCAUAUUGUGGCGGUUGCGUCGCAGACGCCAACAACGGCAUCGGUUGUCACUACCAGCAACCAACAACAGCCUCAAUUGACUACGGCUGCGGGCGUGCAAACACUGGCGGUGGCUCAGCAACAACAGCAGCCGCCGCAGCAGCAGCAACUCCAGUUACAGCAAGGACCAAAUGGUCAACAAAUUGUCCAGCUAUACACACCGAACUCAGGGCAGUCCUUGGCGGCGACCCUCGUGAAUGCCGCCAUGGUAUCGUCGCAGGUGUCGCAGCCUUCGGUGAUGUCCCCUCUGCAACCACAGCACCUUUUGCAGCAACAGCUGCAACUGCAGGCGCACCCGAUUGCCCAGCAACAGCAGCAGCAGCAGCAGGCUACGAUUGUCGUCUGUGGAGUACCUACGAAUGCAACGUCAACGGUUGCUACGAUUGUGCAGGCUUCUCCGCUGCAGGCGGCCCGUGUUACUAGCGCCACCGGUAACCAGCCGCAGGUUGUUAAUAUUUGCUCCAGCAACGGCCAGCAGCAGAUCGUGAAGGCGAUCGUGGCUAGUCCAGCCACACAGAAUCUUCUCUCUCAGCAACUAGCGCAGGCUGCCCAGCAGCAGCAGCAGCAAAGCAACAACAACGGUUCGCAGCAACAGCAGACGCAACCCGCACAGCAACAGCACCAGGUAUCGGUUGUCCUGACAACACCCGUUUCAACGCUAUCCGCGACGAACUCGGUCCAGCUGCAGUCUCAGCCUCAGAUUGUUUCGAUCCACCAGCCGGUGUCGGCUCAGCAGCAGCAGCAGCUUCUAUCGACUAGUUCCACGGUCACACAAGCUUCCUCCACCUCGCUAGUGCAAACGCUCUCCAGCCAAUCGAUUCCGCAGGUCGUUUCCGUUGCGCAGCUCGCCUCGGUUGGGUCAGCCAUGACGACGGGGAGCAGUGCGGCCACCAUUCAGCCGUCGCAGGUCACUACCCUUACGACGUCAGCGUUGCGCGCCCAACGGAUCGUAGCACCGCCGGGUACACUGCAGGAGGUGGUUCUCCAUCAGCGGACCGGCUCCCAGAGCCCAACCGUCGUCAGUGUGAGCAGUUUGGGCGGUGGCUUAACGCCAGCCCAGUUGCAGACUACUCAGCUGCGCCUUUCAAUGGCUGGUGCGCAGCAGAUGUCCGGUGUGGUCGGCAAGUCGAUUGUCGGAACGGUGACGAGUGCCGGGAAACCGGUGAACACGUCCCAGAUUCAGUUCUACCGACAGCAACCGGUCCGCCAGCAGCUGAAGGUGCUGCACCCGGGGACGGCGACGGCACCGGGUGGUGCGGGUACAACGACCACAGUUCUACAGUCUGCCGGCCAACCAACCCUCGUCAGUCCGGCCAUCAUUCAGGGCAACAUUAUUCAAACAGGAACGGUCGGUGGCCAGACGGUCCAGGUGCAACAGGCAACGGUCGGCACGGGUGCAGUUACAACGGGCCAGAAAGUGGCCGUAACGGGUGGGGCCGCCGUAACGCAGGUGGUAUCCACGACAGGAGUUAGUGGCACCGUGACACAAUCUACCACCAACGUGGCCAACGUAUCGUCUGCCGCUGGCAACACCAUUGCCACGGUGCAGGUGCAGGGACAGUCGCGAAUGCAGUACAUUAAGCAAAUGGCCACCAAGCACAUGAUAACGCGCCCGGUGACGGAGAAUGAGAUGCAGCUGAUGGUGAAACGGCAGAUUAUUGGCCAGCAGCACAAACAGCAACUCAUCCCACAAACCCAAACGAUCUUUGCGCCGGCCAAUCUGCAGAUGCAGCAAGCCGGGACUUCCGGACAACAGAUUGCGACGCUGGUGAAAACAUCCAGCGGAACGGUGGCAACCACCGGAAUGACACUGUCGCAGGUGAAAGCAGGACAGCUGAAGACGAUCGGUAAUCAGAAUCAGGUGCGGCAGUUGCACUUGCAGCAGCAAAUACUGGCGCAGCAGCGCAAGGCGGGCGGCAAACUCACGCAGAUCACACAGAUGGCGGGCAAGGCAGGCCAACCGACGCAGCUGUUCGUGCAGGGUCCCAAGAACCUUCCGGCGGGCACGGUAACCGUGCAGCAGAUACAGCAGGUCAUACGGCACGCACAGCCCGGCACCCUGGCUAGCGGUGGACAGAUUGUGCUAGGCAAGGCGGGUGUUAGCCGAAUGAUUCCGGUUUCGGUUUCGCAACAGGCCAACCAGCGGCAAACGAUUCAGGUUGUAACGGCGACUUCGGCAGCACAGGCGAUAGCAGCAGGAAACAUUAGAGCGCACGUCCCGGGCCAGAACAUUGGCACGAUAAAGGUGGCCACUGGCGGUGGGACAUCGGCCCAGCAGCAGCAGGUCAUACUGAACGCAAUACAAAGCCAACAAGCUCAGCGCUCGAAUGCUAGCCCGGUGCGUCUGCAAACCACGUCCAGUGGCUCGUUGGUCGCCGUAACGGUGCAACAAGCAGGGCAACCGCAACAGCAGAUAAUCGGUGCCAGUUUACCCUCAUCCAACAUACCCAACAGUAGUGCGACCGGCGCCACCAGCAACAGUGGCGGCGGCAACAAUGUGGCGGUGGGCACUGGGACGGCGGUAGAGAUUGUGUCUUCUCAGGGAGCUCAGUCCCAGGGUGGCGUUCUUGCAGGUGGGCAACAGGUUGUCUCUAGCGCACCGCAAGUCCUGGCACUACAGCAGCAGACGGCACAAAUCAUCACUACCACAUCCGCCAUGGUACAGGCCGGAAGCGGAGGUCCCAGUGGAGCAUUGGCGACGACCGAUAGUAGUGGCAACAUGGUAGCCGGAAGUGGCACCGUCACUUCGACGGUGGUCAGUCAGGCAAGCCAGUCGACGGUGUCGGGAUCUGCCUCGGCAGCCGGUGCGGCGGUUACUGUUGCUGGCGGUGCUGGUACGGCCUUGUCAACGAUGGCUUCACAGCAAUCCCAAGCGUCGCAACCUCCACCACAGCAGCAGCAGCAGUCGCAGGUAAGUAUGAUCAAGAAAAAACAAUCACCGAACGUUGCAAAGUAA